AUGGCCACGAAUGAAACCAAAGCUGCGGCAGGAUUAAAAUCACCAACCGCCGACAUACCGCCAUCAGCCUCUACAUAUAGCAGCAGCACGGCAUUAGCACUUGAAGGAAUAGGGAUCGUUUCUGUCGUCAUCUGCAUUUACAUUUUAUCACUUUUGAUAUACCGCAAGCCCGCGGCCGAUCAAGUUCUUGAUAUGGGUUUGAUCAUUGUAAAUCUAGCAUUUAGCAUCACUCUCAUUAUUGCGUCAUGCCUAUCUAUUCUCACUCGAGCAUCCACAAUUGACUCGCCAAUCACUAUUAUCACGACCGUGGCCAUCUUACUUGUUAUAUACUCCACUUCAUUGACAGUGGUCCUAAAUGCAUGGUCACUUUGGCAAAUCAAUGUCAAGGGCAAACAAAAAAUCACAUACUUUCAGGCCUACAUCAAACUCUUUUCUAUUUGGGCCAUAUCUCUUUUACUAGCUCUCACGAGCGUUUUGACGGGUAGUUUGCAAUAUAAUUCAACGGGAUUAAUUACAAGAGCAUAUUCCGAUCCCACUUCAUCAUUAGCCCUUCGUGUUAUAUCCGAAAUUGUAAAUGUGCUGGAUCUUGUUAUAGUCAUUCCCCCUCCAUUGGUUGCUGUCUAUUGUUAUGGAAGCAUGUACUUGCAUUUGCGAGAGCAAUCAAUUUGGAUUAAACGCAUGGUACAAAUACAAAGGAAGGAGGAAGGCAGACUUAUUCAAGAGUCGCAACGUCAGAAACCCGCCGCAUCAAAAUCUGGAGCCCAAACUACUCUAAAGGGAUCGUUUUCUAAUUUUGAAACUCAGCCCUCAAUUCCAGCACGGGCAUAUAUACCAAAACAGUCUCAGAACAGUGUCAAAAAGCGUAGCACCAUUUCAGCCACAUCCAGAUUAGGCGACUACAAAACCGCCUUGCGAAACAGUGCUGGUCGUGGAUGUGCGAUAUUCAUCCUUUACAUAGUGUUUAUUGUUCCUCUGGUGAUCAAAAAUUCAAUUUGGAGAACAAAAGCGUCCCCUUCAGAUACACUUACCAUGGUUACCUAUAUACUAUUUGCAUUUUCAGGUAUUGUAACCCCGUUGAUAUUUGCGUUUUUGGAUCGGCGAAUCAGAUAUGGGUUUGAAAUGAAUGGCAAUGAGGAGCAGCUGCCAACUAGUAUUGGUCGUGAAGAUACGUUUCGCCAGAGAUUGCGAGGAAAGGGCACUGAAUAUGAGUACGAAAACGGCGCAGAUUUUCAAACAGUAUUUGGCAAAACUGAUGCCAAGGUAGCAGCAAGUACUUUCAGCAAUGGUGACAGAACCAAAGCAUUCUCAAAGCGUCGUUCCAAAAACCCAUUUGAAAACAACGAAACCGUCAAAGGCGUGAUUGUUCUUGAUCCGACCUUGGCUUUUUCAACUCGGUCUUUACAUUCUGCUCCAUCUGAUCUAACUUUAGAAAGUGAAGAAACAUACAUGCCCAAAGAUACUAAAUCUUUUUUGACGAGCAAGACUCGUCCAGCGAUCGAGCGAGCUGUCCAGAGUAUUCAUACUGGCAUGAUUGGUAGCGACGACGAGGAUACUGUUUUGAGCUUAUCGCGUGAUCAAACUCAAAGAGAACCGGUACAAUCGGGCAUUGCCAAAAAUACAGGGUUUAAGUCAAAGUGGAAUCCAUACGAGCCAACACAAAAGAAUUUGAAUGAUGGGUUUUCAAGCAAUCCUACUCUACUGAAUGGUAGGCGCGUGUUUACUGAGAAUAUGUCCAAAACUAUGCCUCCGCCUACUUUGCAGCAAACCUCGAUCCAGUCUCGAACUUUCCAGCAGUACCCUACACCACAGCAAAUCAAAACACAACCGCCAAAAAUAUAUAAUGUACCACCAAUGACAUCCAAGUACACAUUGGCUCAAAACAAACCCAGGCUAUAUGACAUAACUAAAAGCACCAAUCGGGUUGAAAACGGAAACAAGUAUAUUUAUGAUCCUCAGAUACAAAAUACAAACAUUCCUGUUCGUGGUAAGCCUAGCGCGAAAUCCAAUCGCAAGGCUUCUUAUAUUCGUGGAUUGAAUGUACAAGACAGCAGAACUGUGCCAGAUCGAUCUAUAGCUCGUCCAACUACAAUGUAUCUCUCUAUCCCAGAUGAAAACGGUCGCAAUGCACCAGAGCCUAUUUUAUCUGAAAGCGACCAGUCCCCAUCCAUCAUAUAUGGUAGUGAUAGACUAGCACCUGAUCCAUAUGUGCGAGCAAAUGACGCUAAUGCUAUAGAUAAAACCAGGCCAAAUCCUGCACCUCGUGGAUGGAAUUUACCCGAUCCCAAAAUAUACGGAGAGCCCAUGCCCAAUCAAUAUGGAUUAGAUCGGCCCAUGUAUGAUUUUGGUGAUGCAUCUGCACCUGCACCCUCUGUGUAUGAGAUUCGGCGGUCAAUGCUGUUUGUCAAAGAUAACCGAAGCUCGGGAAAAUCUUACAACUAG